AAUAAUUAUUCAAUAAUCGAGAUUUCAGAUUAGUGCUUCAGUAGUCGUGACCAUUAAGAAUUUCGGGCUUGGCUAAACUUAAUUUCUUAUUUUUUCUUAUUUUUUAAUGUGUUACUGUUUCUUAUUGUUACCUAUCUAGUUUCGUAAAUUUGCGUCCGAAAUAUAAAACCAAAUUUCAUUGUCCUGGGUAUUUUCCCGAGUAUCUUCAGUUUUAGUUGUAUGUGACAUGUCCGUUUUGAAAUUAUAGUAGGUUAAAGUACUUGAGAUGUCUGAUGAUAUACCACCUCUGAUACCCGAAACUCCACCUCCCAUGACCAAAUUGGACUGGGAAGAUGAUGAGGAUUUUAUGGACUAUCCUCAUCUGGCCUUGGAACUGCCAUCUGAGUCUAGUUUAAGUCCAGAUGGUGGGUGGAAUCCUAUUGACGAAUUAUCACUUCCUUAUGAUGGUGAUGUCGUUCACGAAACAGUGGUUUGUAUUGAACCAAACACCAAUGAAAGUUUGUUGAAACGGCCAUCAAGUAUUGCAAAUAAUGACCUAUCUAUGGAAUCAUCAUUAUCUGAACAAGAGCCUAGUUUACAUCAAAACAAUUUAUCCAUAUGGAAAGAUAAAAAAGAUGUGCCUUGGGAAAAUAUAAAGAAAUUAACGUCCAAUGACAGUUGUGAUAAUGUCAAUGAAAUAGACUGUAAUACAGAGAUCAAACAUAAUGAAUCCUCUGAAAAUGUAAUAGAUAAUAAUAGGAAAAUAAUUAAUGAUGACUUGUCUUUAACUUCUGAACAAUUUAUUUGUGACUUAUCAAAUGUAAAAAAUAAUAUAAUACCACAACAUUUACCAAAUUUAGUACUUCAAUUAAAUGACUAUGAAGUAUAUGAAAAUAAUGAGAUUUAUCAACCUAAAACCAAUGCUAAUAAUGAAAAAUCAACUGGUCAAGAUAUCUUGGUUAAUGGUCACUUAGAAUGUGUAGAUGUUGAAGAAUCAUCCAAUCAAACCAACUGUGUUCAAAAUGUUUUAUUAGACAAUUUAAAAAAUGAUGUAAGUGUUACUGAUACGCCUAAUGGUAUGUUUGCAAUGUUAGUUGAUAAUUUAUCAAUUAAUAAUAAUAAUAAUAAUAUUAUGAUUAAAAAUGAUCAAGAAGAGUAUACAGAUGUCUGUGAUUUUGAAACUGAUUUGCCUCAUUCUCUAAAUGUGCCUUUACCAAACAGAACAUCACAAGAACAUCUUGAAAUAAUUGAAGAUCCUCAAACUGUCGAUCAACAUGAUUUUGAUAAAAUACCUUUAGCACAGUUUAAUGACGAACACUGUAAAAUAUUGAAGAAUAUUUCUAUAUUAGUUGAGAAUAAAAUAGAACAAAAUGUAGAAUCAAUUAAUUCUAAUUGUUCAACAUUUCAAUGUAAUGAAAUUAAUGUUGAGCAUAAUUCAGAUUCUGAAUUUGAUGAAUUCUCUGACUUUCAUGUAUUUCCAACUUCAACUACCAAAAAAAAAUCAAUAUGUGAUACUGAUGAUGAUGAUGAUGAUGAUUUUUGUACAUAUGAAACUUGCAGACAAGAUUUUAAUGACACAGCAGAGUUAAAACAUUCCAAUGUUGAACAAGUGAAACGUGUAACCAUUAAUGAUUCAAUAUUGAAAUCUGAGAACCAAAAUAGUAUAAUUAAUAAUGAUGAUGAUGAUGAUGACAAUUUCUGUGAUUUUGAAUCUGGUUACACUACAUCAGGUCUUCAUACAAGUGAUCAAGUUAUAGAUUUAAAACAAAGUUGUGCAAUAAUAGAUUCAGAAUCCUGUGUUCAACUUGAUUAUAAACAAUUUUGUAAGGACGCUUUUCAAGGAGAUUAUGAGUUAUGUGAGGAAGCUGAUUUGCAAAACUUAGAUAAUGAGUUAAAUGAGUCUCAAGUUUGGCAGAGUUUAAAAGAUGUAGACUCAAGUCCAGCCCUCAACUAUAAUUGGACCAAAUCCGAAUCAAAUAAUGUUUUUCUUGCUUCACUCUCGAUUGAUUCUAGGAACAUAUUGUAUGGUGCUUCUUGGAACCCAAAAGUCCCUAGAUUCGCCGCAAAUAUGUCUAACAAUCCAUUGGAACCAUUAAAAGCUUCUAACAAUGACACAACUGAUACAAAAAUAUCGCAAUCUUUUUCCAAUGGUCCAAUGCAGGAUACAGUACCGGACCCUGAAUUCGACUGGAAAAGCAGUGGUUUAAUAAAUCCAUUGGACUGUAAUCAUACGUCGCUACUCGAUCUUGAACUCCUUGAUACACUUGCACCAUGCUGUACAAAUGCUCUUCAGCCUCAAACAUGGAAAACAUCUGAGGUUGUGAAAGAAGAAGAUACACCCUUCCAAAGUAGUCCUGAAAGUAUAGAUGUGUUCGAUGAGUUUUUCAGUGCAUCACUACCGUCAUCAUCAGACAAUCAAUCAAUAGACACCAUCGAAAGUCCAAGUUCUCUCGUACCAACAGUGAGUCAUGAAGCACAACAAAUUUUGGAUAAUUUGCCUGAUUUCAAGGUAUUGCAAAAACCUUAUUUAGUAAUAUUAGAAAAAGAAAACAAUUUAUUUCUGAAUUAAUUUUUUUUUAUAAUCAAUAUUAUAUAAGAAUGCUAGAUUCACUGCAACAAGAAAGAAUAUCUUGUAUUUUUUCUUGUUCAAAUCAAGUCCAUUAUGUGCAAUAAGUUAAACUAAUCUGUCCAAAUUGUUUUCAUUUGUAAAUUAAUUUAAAUAAUCAUUUAUCAUUAAUCUAUGUAUUCCUGUUAGUUUAUUGAUUUUAUCAUAAAAAAAAAAUAUCAUUAGUUCCAAUAUUUUUAAGGGAUUUUCAUCUUCACAAUAAUGGGGGUUUUAUUUCGUAGAAAAAUUUGUUUUUAUGUUCUUAACUGUAUUUAUUAAUUGGAUGUUGUCUAAGUUAUAAAAGUUAGAACUUAAUUGAAUUAAAACUAAUGCAUGACAAAAAUUCAUACCUGCUUUAAAUUAAAAAAAUCAUUAGAAAUAUUUAACUACUAAAUAAUAAUUUACUGUAUAGUUUCUAGUCUAUUUGUAGCAUGCAAGACCUUAUUUGGUAUUACAUAGUUACUUAUUCAUUCAAUAUACAGAGUUCUAUAAAUUGUAUUUAAAUUUAAAUAAAAUAUAAGUUACCGUUUUUAAAUUUAGUGGGCGAUUCUAAUUACAUUCAUUUUUUUUUUUAUUAGAAAUAUAUGAUAGCCAAAUCAUUACAUCAUUGUUUUAUAUAAUACAUAAUCAUAUUCUGUAGCAUAUUUUCUGAAAUAUCUGAAUUUCUUCAUAAAUCUAUUAUUCAUUUAAGUCUCAAAAAAUUUGUUGUCAUGAACAUGCAUUUUAAAAAAUACCCUUAGUUAAAUAAAAAACAGAUAAAUAUUGAUAUACCUCAAUCAUUGAAUGAAGUUAUGACUACCUACAAAUUACAGACUGCAUAUCUGGCUAUUAUCUUCUGUUGUACUGAUCAUUGUUUUUUUCUAACUAUUAGGUUAUUAAUUUCCAAGUCUGAUUUUUCAUUAAAAAUUCCGAAAAGUCUACAAUUACUUACUGUUACCAAUAGUUAAUGAUUUGUAUGAUUUCAAUUAGCAAUUAAUUUAUAGAACUCUGUACAAACUGCUCAAAAAAAUAAUAUGGAAUGGCUUAGGCUUAUAGUUGUUGAAUUUGCU